AUGUCACAAACACCUGCACCCCAGAUAAUCUCACGCCUCCCCAAACUUGGCUCCCCUGCAACCUCCACAGCUAGCCGCUGGCAAGCAGUAGUCAACCGCGACCCAAUCGCCUCAUUCGUCUACGCCGUCAUAACAACAAGAAUCUACUGUCGGCCCUCAUGUGCCGCUCGGCUAGCACGGCGCGCUAAUGUUGUGUUCUACGAUACGCCGUCCCAGGCCGAAGAGGCAGGGUUCCGGGCCUGUAAGCGCUGCAAGCCGGAAGACAGUCCCGAGCAUGCCAUCGACUCUCAAGUUGCGGUGGUGCAGAGGGCAUGUCGCACAAUCGAAGCCGAUGUACGGUCUGGGUCAAAGCCUACGCUGAGUAGGUUGGCUGAGGAGGCUAGCCUGACACCUAGUCAUUUCCUUAGGGUAUUCAAGAAGGUUGUGGGCGUUACGCCGGGAAAGUAUGUGGCUGCCGUUAUGAAAGAGAGUGAAGGUGUGCCAUUGGACUUGGUGGGAGACAGUCCCUCCAUGGUUGAAAAUCGAGAUAUGGCAUUGAUGGAUUGGCUUGGUAACCCUGAUAGUGAAUAUGGUGAUUUGGGUUGUGCUGUUAGCGCCGGCGGCGAGAACGCUCUGCUAUGGAACGAGUUUGAUGUUUUGAUAGCCGCGGAGGCUGAAUAUGUAUCUCGUCAAGGAAUUUAA